UGGAAGCAAUAUUGGGGCUCUAAUUGCAAGAGGGACGGCCUCCGCUGCCGCUGUAAGAAUCUGUGGAAAGUUUGUGGUGCGUAACGUUCAGGCGUCCGGCACGCACCCCCCUCAAGAGCAAUUCAUCUCUUCGCUGUUGCACUGAUCCAUUAUGCGCACCGCUGCCAAGGUGAGAAUGCCUGCACCGACCCUGUGCGUACCGCAUGCACCAGAUCGUGACCGGCUCAUGAGUGCCUGGCAUGUGUGUGUGUGUGUUUCUUGUACCAUGCCUGUGUGGCAGACCAGCGAGACCUCCUCUUCGCUUUGCGGCAGGGGCCAGCGCACAUCGCUGCCGCGCACGUCGUCUGACCGCCGCCCCGGCCCCAAGGACAGUGAACCGAUGAGCAUCGAUGACAUUGACCCGCACCGUACGCAGUGCAUCCCUUGACAACAACACACAGUUAGUGAGUGUGUCUGUGUGCUUGUUUGUUCCAUCCAGGUGUUCUCGACAGCAGUGAGUGCCAGCAGGUGGCCGAGGCCCUUCUGUCGGCAGUGCCAUCCAUCCGCUACAUGAAGCAGCGCGGCCACAAGGGCAACAAGGCCAUCUACUGGUACUCGGGCGCCUUUCGCAUGAUGCCCACAGCGGGCGACUAUCGCUUCGUGGGCCAGCACGUCUUCCCCCCCUCCACGUUCACCGUCCGCGGCCUCCGGAAGGCUCUCAAGAAGGCCUUCGACGCCAGAGAGGACGAGAGGCAGUGGGUGCCGAAAGACGGCGGCAAGGCGGGCAGGUUGCCGGCGGGCAGGAAGCGCCGCUGGCGGGCGUCGUCGCGUGAAGACGACUUCGGCUCGUCCAGUGACGACACGAGCGAAGCGGCAGACGAGGGGCAGGCGAGCGAUGAGGGACAUAGUGCCCACCACAGAAGGCCAAGGCAGUCGCGGCGGCUGUCUGCCGGCCAGCUGAGCGAGGAGGGGAGGGAAGAGCGGGCGAUGGGCGUGCUGGACCGUGCUGUAGAGGAUGCCUGGCUGAAUGGGGGGGUGGUUGUGGAAAGGCCGCAGCGAGACAGGAAGGAGCCCGACCGGCUUGUCAACCACGCCGUGCCGCCCCCACAGCCGAGGAGAAAUCGGAUAAUUAAUGGUGAGAGGGUCUCAAAACUGUCUGUUGAUGCACUUGUGUGUGCUGACGUCAGGGGCCCGGUCGAGUAGGGACGUUGCUGCUCCCUUUGCCCCCUUUGAUCCGGCCAAUGUUGACCCAAAUGGUGCGCAAACAGAACACACAGAGAGGGGGAGGGGGAAGCAACACUCACUGCAAUGCAUCCAUGGCCUGUCUGUUGUCUGUGUGUCUGUGUGCCUGUUCAGAGCAUUUGGAUGAGAGUGAGCUGCGGCAGGUCGCCAGGCAUCUGCUGCGGACCACCCGCACCCCCACCAAGACGCCCAAAGACCUGGGCAUCAAGUGGCGGACGGCCAACCACCAUCCCCACGCCGCUCUCCAUCCUCCCUCCUUCACCAGCCCACCUCGCCAAACCUCACGUGACCCACACACAUCGUCCUCCGGCUUCACUUUCACCCUCCACGUGCGGCCCUCUCUCCGCGCACCGCCCCAGGCAGCGUGUGUCGGUCCCGUCAUCCCCCCUCUGCUGCCCACUCUGUCGGGGCUACUUGAGGCGCUGGAGCGAGUGAUGAAGGUGCGUGAGCGGGUCCAUGACGAGAUGCGGAUCGUGCCGGUGCUGCCGAGGGGCAGGGUGACGAUGGCCACCGAGGGCGGCGGCCGGUCGGUGCGCAUCCUCGUGCCUGAGAGGGUUGAUCAGGACAGUGGCGGUGGGGCCUCUGCCUCUGCCUCUGCCUCUGCUCGAGCUGGUGCGAGGCCGUCUUGUCUGUGGCUGCAGCAGGGUGCUGGCGUGGAGAUACUGCAGGGGCCACAUCGAGGCAAAGCGGUCAGUCAGUCAGUGAGUGAGGGCAUAGACAAAAUCCAUCCAUCCAUCGACCUGUGCUGUGUGUGCAGGCGACGGUGUCGCGUGUCAGGUGCCGCGAUGGCGACACGACAUCCGUGUGUGAGCUCGACGUCCACAUGGUGGACCCCUCAUAUACCAUCCAACACUCGUCGGCCAAUCCCGCCCUCGCACCACUGGCGCCACACGAACAGGGAGACACGGUCAGUAAAGACCCACAGAGAGACAGAGAGACACCACGUGGCCGUCAGCCAUCUCUCUCUCUCUCUCUCUGUGCGUGUGUGGUGUGUGGUGCAGGUGUUGGUGUGUCGGCCCGGUCUGCUCUACGGCCGCGUGGCUCGCGUCGACUCGAUGGCUGCAGUCGCCACAGGCAGCGAAUCGCUGGUUGUGCGGCUGUUGGAUGAGGACAGUGAGGGCGAUGGGCACCCCUUUGGCUAUGCGAUGAGUGUGAGUGAGGUGGUGAAGUGCUCGGCGGCCGUCUGUUGUCAGGGGGGGAGGAACUAGAGGUCGGAGGGAGGGAAAGGGAGAGCCUCGGUGGUCGCAGCUAGUGGUGGCGUAGGAUAGGAUAGCUUAAAUGGAAUGCGUAUCUAUCGGUCGGCGCCGUACAGAUUCACUUUUGAGCAAUCGAUGGACUUUCGAUGGGGUGUGUUUUGGACCAUGGAUGUACUUGUACAGCCCUUUCUCAGGCAUUGUGUGUCGCGACCGUCAUUGAGAGAGAGAGAGAGAAACGCUCGCCCCAUGCGUAUGUAACAUACCCAACGUCUAAUCGAUGUGGCUGUCUUGUCUGUCUGUCUGUCUGUCUGUCUGGGGGUGUGGUGCGUAGGAGAGGAAAGGAGAGAGAGGAAGCGGACGUCUAGAUACACACAUGACGCAUGAACACACACCACGUCGUGAGCACGUCAGCCUAUAUGUACACUAGAAGAGUUAGUUCUUUUGCCGCGGGAUUGACCUCAGGACUGCCUGCCCGCACCAUGAGCC